GUUGCCACUGAUGCCUUAGUGGCUAUGGAGCGUGCAAUGAAGCGAGACAACAUUGAAGUAAAUGACAGGCAACUUGCCUGUGCCCACAUCCGCUCCGAGGAGGGGCAGGACUAUUUGAAGGGCAUGGCAGCAGCAGCAAAUUACGCUUGGGUAAAUCGGUCCUCUAUGACCUUUCUCACGAGACAGGCCUUUGCAAAGCUUUUCCAAUCCACACCUGAUGAUUUAGACAUGCACAUUAUCUACGACGUCUCCCACAAUAUUGCCAAAGUGGAGGAGCAUUGGGUUGAUGGAAAAAUCAAAACUCUUCUUGUUCAUCGUAAGGGUUCUACUCGUGCCUUUCCGCCUCAUCACCCACUGAUACCCGUCGACUAUCAGAUCCUUUUAGUAAUCGUGCUUUCUGAACCACCUUAA